GCUUUUUGACUUUGCCCAUCUCCUAAUACAACUGCUGACAUAGCUUGUACAGAACCUGAAUUUUCCAAGAAUUCUUAGUUGCAUCUCUAUCUUUGCUUGCUUAUUGCCUAACUCCUUGCAAAUGCAUUCUCUCGUUAAGGACUUGUCCGCUAAAUUCCACUUCCCCUGUCUUUCCAUUUACCUCCUUUUAGUCUCAUCUUCUGUUUGUUUCAUCUAUCUUUUGGCAUCAGUUUUCCUGGUAGAGACUUCCAAGUUCUCCGAUGUCAAAUCCUCUUCAGAAAAUGUUCAUGCCCCAACAAAUCUUGGACAUUUUGUGUUUGGAAUUGCUUCCAACAAGAACUCAUGGCCGAAGCGAAAGGAGUUUGUUAAAUUGUGGUGGAAACCAGAGCAAAUGCGGGGAUGUGUUUUCUUGGAGAGCUUGCUGGAAGAUGCGAAUUCCUACAACGAUAGCAGCACUUCUUUUCCUCCUGUAUGCAUCUCUGAGGACACUUCCAGAUUUCGUUACACAUACCGGAAUGGUCUCCGGUCAGCUAUUCGUGUUGCACGAGUAGUUUCUGAAACGGUGGCACUUAAUCAUUCCGAUGUCCGGUGGUUUGUUUUUGGGGAUGAUGACACAGUUUUCUUCCCAGAGAAUCUGGUGAAAACUCUUUCCAAGUAUGAUCAUGGCCUCUGGUACUACGUAGGAUCCAAUUCCGAGAUUUAUGAGCAGAACAGAAUAUUUGGCUUCGAAAUGGCAUUUGGUGGGGGAGGAUUUGCCGUAAGUUAUCCACUUGCAAAAGUUCUGGCAAAGGUUUUUGAUUCAUGUAUUGAACGGUAUCCACAUCUCUAUGGAAGUGAUUCCAGGGUCUCUUCUUGCCUGGCUGAGCUUGGAGUGGGAUUGACCCGCGAGCCUGGUUUCCAUCAGAUUGAUGUUCGAGGUAAUUUAUUUGGUUUGUUGACAUCACAUCCACUGUCACCAAUAGUAUCUCUCCAUCACUUGGGUCACCUAGACCCAAUCUUCCCCAACAUGACAAUUACAGAUUCACUAGAACAUUUCUUUAAAGCUGUGGCUGUUGAUUCCCAGAGGGUCUUGCAGAAAACAGUUUGCUAUGAUCGUUGGUUUUUCUGGACUAUUUCAGUCUCAUGGGGUUAUGCUAUUGAGGUCUAUAGCAAGCACAUAUUGUUGCCUGAUACUCUCCCUGUGCAAGCCACAUUCAAGCAAUGGAAAAAGGGAAAUGUUCUGGCCGGAGCUUAUACAUUUAAUAUAAGAGAACCUCACCCUGAUCCUUGUCAGAGACCCUCAAUUUUCUUCCUGGAUCAUGUUUCUUCCAGCAAUGAUGGGAUAAUCACCAGUCAUUACAAGAAAAGUUAUGCGAAUUGCUCAUAUGACAUGUCAUCACCAAGAAAAUUAGAAGAGAUUAAAGUUCUUUCGCAUAAGCUUGAGCUUAGUGAUAAACAGUUGCGGGCUCCAAGGCGGCAAUGUUGUGAUGUUUUACCUUCUUCCGGUGGUAAAAUGAUGGAAAUUGAAAUUAGAGAAUGCCGGAAAGAAGAAUUAAUUUACAUGCAUCCAUAGUUAUAACUCAAUGGUUCAGAGCAUGUCUCUCAUAGCCCGUACCCAACUUCAAUAUAUAUCUGAUCUAAAAUAAAGUGAUGAAACCUGGUUAGAAAUCCGUAAGUCGAAAUCCGUACAAACAAAAGAAGCAAAAGCUUAUUCUUCUAGGAUCAUAUGUGAAUGGUGCAAAUUUUUCAAUGCAAAAUUCCAGGCUUGUAUGGUAUCGAGUACUGAUGACUUUUCUUCAAGAAGAAACUUCUUGUCAGCCUUGUAUGGCGUUGACCCUUAGAAUGCAAGCUAACGAAAAUUCAGGUUUGGAGAGAUUGCAGGAAGGAUAACAUGGUUCCUCACAAUCACAUGACAUUUCUUGAAGAAGCUUCAACUCUAUGCCUUCAAUAAGCUUAUGUAUACUUGGUAUUGUCAAUAUUACAGCAUAUGAAGAAACUUGCGAGCUGUCUCAAUAUCCACUUUUGAUUGUAUUGUAGGUAAAUUUUUUUGUACACCAUAAACCAAGACAAAAGAUUGCACACACAUUUUUUAUAUAAAAUAUUAUUAUGGCCGCUCAA